GGGCAGGCAGUCUUUAUGGCGUCAACAAAACACCGGCGGCGGCCCCCACCAGCCUACUCUGAUGGCGAAGAAAAGUGGCAUCCUGUUCAGGGUGUUUCUCAAGCCCUCGUUGCAAGCGUCUGGCUACGACAACUUCAACUCACCGGAUGGCCCGUCGGCUAUGAGCUCUUGACUAUCAAAGUAGACGACGCAAAAUAUCAUGUUCUAUGUGGGCAUCCUAGUGGAGCUCGAUUUACUUCCCCAUCCGAGUUUAAACCUCAUUUGGAAUGGCUCUACGAGCAAAAGAGUGAUUGUCUCUGUCUAUUAUGUGGAACCCCUCAAUAUAAACCGAAGAACAUCGCGCGGAAUAGGAGCUCUCUCCCCGGUCAACGCUGGCCGCUGCAUAGAGGGGCAAAGUCCACCAGAAAUUUGGCUGGACUGCCAUGGCAUUUAAGACCCGGAGCGAGUGCUCCAAGCGCCAGCUACUCACAAUGGAGCACCAGCAUAGAUGAACGAACAAAGAGACCAUCAGUGAAACAAGAAACCGUAGAAACUAAUCCCAGACCUUCACCGGUGCCAACAUCACGAAAGCGAUCUAGUAGCACUGUACGAGAUCCUCCGACGUGCCGAUCACAGCAUGAGAUGGUUUCAAAAAGUGUACAGUCUGCGAACUCCUUCAAAGUAGUUCGUGAAGGUUCACUUGAGGUUAUCGUUCUCGAUGACAGCUCCGAAGAGACCCAAUCGGACAGUUCUGUACCGAGUCCAAAGCGGCGAAAGAAGAAGACUUUGAGCUCCAAAGCUGAUGUAUAUGGUGAAAGGGAUGGUAUCCUGACUAUGGAUGAGAGAGUCGCCACCACAAUCGUCACACGCUCGAAACACAAGGAAGCAUUGUAUAACCCAAUCCCCCACACUCCCACUACACCCACACCAAUUGCUACACCCCGGUCGGCCACCCCUCCUAUAAUUGUCGCCGCCUGGGAUGACUCGCCCCCUCCGCCACUGCCACGUAGAAGUGCCCGCAACAGUACUAUACGUACGCCAUCCCGACCACUAUUCGAUGGUAGCAAAGAUGUAAAAGAGUACCUAAAGGAGCUAGCCGACAAUCAUGCUCCAAUAUUUCCCUUGCCAAAGAAUGCCAUGGAUGCUCUCAUACCGGGAUGGCUAAGAAAAAGGUCGUGAACGUUAAUGGUGCUGGAUUGUUCUCCACAUGAGUUGAUUAGCACAUCCAAUUGAACCGAACAUCUGUAAUAUAAUGGAUACAUUCAUUGCACAUC